UAAAAGAAGCUAGUAUAGUGCGAAUUGAUUGGUGAGUGAGCCGUGAAUGUACAAGAUAUUUUCGCCUUUGUGUCAAUCGACCGACUUUGAGUCUUGUCGUGUGUGUCUACUAGCAAAGAGAGCAGUGGCCAAUAUUUUCCUCGCAAUUGUCCAUCGAGUCACUCUUUUGCCAAUGUAUCCAAUAGCUUCGCCAGGAUAGAGAGCAGAAAAACACGUCUCACGUCGUCGGGCGAACUAAAAGUACCUACGGCAAGCUAAACGGAUUGAAAAUUUUCAGAAGGGCAGUAUAAUCCAUUGGAUUCGUGUGCUGUGGCGUACAUGUAACAUGUACUACGUGCAGAGUGAGAAGCAGUGAAAAGUAAUAAAAUUCCUCGAAGAGAACAGAAAAAAAGCGCAGUACCAUUGGAUCGAUUUUUCCGACUGGCUGCAGCGGAUUUCCGACCGAACCAGAAUGAAUAUUGCAUAAUAAGCGACGAGAAGGAGUUUUGCAAGCAAAUUACCUGGCGACGAAAAUCAGCAGCAGAAGGAAAAACGAAACUGCAGAAAGGCGAGUGGAAAAAGUGGAUUCGGUUUUCUUUUUCUUCGACCCCAAAGUGGACAAGCCAGUGGAUUUCGGAAUAGAGGCAUAUUUUGAUCGGAAGCAGAACAACACGACUCAUCGCCCGAGCCAGGAGGAGUAGGCUUCCAUUUUGCUGCUGCCUUCUCGUCGCGUUUUCUGACAGCUCAGACGGAACGUCAAAAGUUUUGUGCAUCCGAAACGGAACGGAGAAGCUGAGAAGUGCUGCUUUCGGAAGGAUUUUGCCUUAUUGCUAACGACGAGAGAGGAUCCGGUACGGAAUCGAGCUGGGAUUUCUUCCGACUGCGGACGGGGGCUUAAACGCCGCUAUGGAUUACGACAAGAACGUCGAAGCAAUGGAUACGCAAGACGAUAACGAGCUGGAUCCCCCGAAUGUACAGAACUCCACUCCAGCGGUGGUAAACAAUCCGGCUAACGGUGGUAUAGGAGGAGCGGUCGCCGGUCCGGAACAGAUGAGCAUGGAUGAUCAGGACAAUCUGGACGACGAGGUUCGCUCGGAAGCGACCUUUAGUUUUAAGGUAGAGAAUUUGAGCAGACUCAAUGACUCGAUCCUUUCCCCGCCGUACCAUGUUCGGAACCUGCCCUGGAAGAUCAUGGCCAUGAAGCGAACCAACGAUAGUACGUCCCCGCCUAGCAAAGGACUUGGUUUCUUCCUGCAGUGCAACGGGGAGAGCGACAGUACGAACUGGAGCUGCUUUGCCUCGGCCGAACUACGAUUGCUGUCGGUCAUCCCCGGACGGGAUGCAUUCGUGCGGAAGAUUCGUCACACGUUUAGCCGGAUCGAAAAUGAUUGGGGCUUCUCGUUCUUCAUGAACUGGCACGAUAUUCUCAACCCGGAGAACGGGUACAUCCAGAACGAUGCCAUCACGUUGGAGGUGCACGUGACAGCCGAGCCCCCUCGCGGUAUCUUCUGGGAUUCGAAGAAACAUACCGGCUACGUGGGCCUAAAGAACCAAGGAGCGACGUGCUACAUGAAUUCGCUGCUUCAAACGCUCUACUUUACGAACCAACUGCGAAAAGCAGUCUAUAAAAUGCCAACCGAAGCCGACGAUGAUUGCAAAUCGGUUGCCUUGGCCUUGCAGCGCGUGUUUCACGAUCUGCAAACUCAAAGCAAGCCCGUCGGAACCAAGAAGCUCACGAAAAGCUUCGGUUGGGAUGCGCUCGAUUCGUUCAUGCAACAUGACGUCCAGGAGUUUCUGCGGGUCCUGCUCGACAAGCUGGAAAACAAAAUGAAAGGAACCAGUCUCGAGGGAACCAUCCCGAAGCUUUUCGAGGGCAAAAUGAUCUCCUACAUCAAAUGCCAAAACGUCGACUAUACCAGCCGCCGAACGGAAACCUUUUACGACAUUCAGCUCAACAUCAAGGGCAAGAAGAAUAUCAACGAAUCGUUCAAGGAUUACAUUGCCACGGAAAUCCUGGACGAUGACAACAAGUACGACGCUGGCGAGCACGGUUUGCAGAAAGCCGAAAAGGGAAUCUUGUUCAGUAAGUUUCCCCCUGUCCUGCAUCUGCACCUGAUGCGGUUCCAGUACGAUCCAAUCACGGACAGUUCGGUGAAGUUUAACGACCGCUUCGAGUUCGACGAGAAAAUCAAUCUGGAUCCGUUCCUGGAGAAACCGGAAGAUACGUCCGCGACGUACAUCCUGCACGCCGUGUUGGUUCACUCGGGUGAUAAUCACGGUGGGCACUAUGUGGUGUACAUCAAUCCGAAAAACGACGGCAAGUGGUGCAAGUUCGAUGACGACGUGGUUUCCCGGUGCACCCGGAACGAAGCCAUCGAGCAGAACUACGGCGGGCACGAUAACGACCUGAACAUCCGGCACAGCAGCAAUGCGUACAUGUUGGUGUACGUGCGCGAAUCGGUCAUCCACGAGGUGCUGGAGGAGGUAAAAUGUUCCGACAUUCCGGAGGAGCUACAGGAGCGCCUGGACGAGCAACGGCGCAUCCAGCAGUGCCGCCGAACGGAGCGCACCGAAGCCACCAGCUAUAUGAACAUCAACGUCCUGCUGGAGGACUACAUGGAAAUCUAUCAGAAAUCGGACCUCUUCGAUCCGGCCACGUCAACGUACCGCAGUUUCAAGGUACGCAAAGCGACCACGAUCGCCGAACUGGCCACGUUGUUCUCAAAAACAUUCAAAGUGGACCCGGAAAAGAUGCGUAUGUGGACCGUGACGAAGAACGAUUUGAGGAUACACAAGUUCACGCUGAUCAAUCAGAAUGCAAAUGAACCCUGCAGUAAGAACGCCUAUCAAGAUCCGAAGAACUCGUGGACCAUUUUCCUGGAGGUGGCGGCGCCGGAUGCGGAUCAACUGCAUCCGAUCGACGAGAGCGAUUUGCUGAUAUUCUUCAAAUCGUACGAUCCGAUCGAGAAGCGACUGAACUACUGCGGUCAUGGGUUCUUCAAGGCGAAGCAGUUUCUGUCGGAUCGCAACUUUCAGGAGGAGUGCAUCAGACGGGCGCAUUUCGAACCGGGAACGGAGAUCCAGCUGUACGAAGUGACGGACAUCAACAAGGCGACGAAAAUUAGGGACUUGUUUGUAAUUGAUUCGGCGCUGGCGCGGGCUAUCAAUGGGUCGAUUAUCAUAAUCGAGAAGGUGAACCCGGGCGUGGAACAUCUGGAGUUUCCGACGUGCGAAGAAUAUCUGAAGGAUUUGUACUGUCGGAUCGAGGUGGUAUUUGUGGACACGCUGAAUCCAAAUGACGCCGGAUUUACGUUGGACCUGUCAUCCGAAUCCAAUUACGACCAGAUAGCGAAGGCGUGCGGACGACGGAUUAACGUUAAUCCGUAUGAAAUUCAGUUUUUCAAGUGUAAAAACUUUAGCGAUAUUCCGGGACAGCCUCUGGCGUAUACUUAUACGGGCACGUUGAAGGAUAUUCUAAGCUACACGAAGGCAAAAUCGGUGAGGAAGUUGUUCUACCAGAAGUUAUCGAUUAGUAUCAACGAAUUGGAAAACAAGAAACAGUUCCGUUGCUUGUAUCUGAUGCCGAACCUGAAAGAGGAAAAGGAAUUAAUAUUGUAUCCAAAUAAGAACGGAACCGUGCAGAGUCUCCUUGCCGAGGCAGCCAAAGUGAUCGAGUUCAGUGAAAAUAGUUCGAAGAUCCUGAGAAUAUCGGAAUUGUCCAAGAAUCGACUAGCGCCGGGACCGUCCAAGGACACCUCGCUGGAUCAACUGCAUGACUACACGGACAAUACGUUCGUGCAGCGGUCUACCAUUAGCAAUCAGAAGAUGUACCGAAUCGAAGAGGUGGCCGAAGACGAGAUCAACUUGUCGGAGACCGAGAUGCUCGUACCGGUACUGCAUUUCACCAAGGAUAUUGGUAGCAUUUUUGGAAUCCCCUUCUUCAUCCGGACGGUGCACCACGAGACGUUCGCCACGCUCAAGGAGCGCAUGAAGAAGAAGCUGAACGUGUCGGACAAGGAGUGGGAAAAGUACAAGCUGGCCAUCAUCACCGAACACAUCGACUACAUCGACGACGAGACGAUCGAGAUUAACUUGGAAAUGUUCAAACAGGACCCGAGCGAUCCCAAUUCGCGAACCUACCUGGGACUGGAACACAUCAACAAGAACACCAAGCGAAGCAGGUUCAACUAUAUGGAAAAGGCGAUCAAAAUUUACAAUUAAAUAGGAUGCCGUUUGUGUAGAUCUUUUUCUCCUGGCUUUGUGUAACAAUCACUGAUGACGCUGCUUGGUUCCGUUUGUCCCAGAAAUACAGAAACAAAAUAUUCAGGAAAACAAAUCGUUCAUAUUACUGGUGGUUUUGAUCCAUUUGCACAUAGCAAUGUGCGUGGGUGUUUGCUUAUGGUGAUUCGGGAAGUGCUUCUGCAAAAUCAAAAGAAGGGAAAGUAAAAGCACCCAUCCAUGUUGAUAUAUGUUUUAAAAACGCAUCGGAAUGACCGCUAAGUGGAAGCAGCUGUGCAGUAGAAUAAAAUUGUCACGUUCCAAGAAAAGAAAAACAAAAUCAACCAGUUGAAAAGUGAAAGAUAAAUGCUGUUAUUAUUAUUUUUAUUACGUACCGUUUUUUUAUAUCGACAAGUUUAAAACAACCAUGAAAGGCUUACAAGAUUUGUGAGGAAUUUAAGGUGAAUUAGUAAUUAUAACGAUCGAUUCUGGGAACCAUGAAUGUCCUCAAACUUCCUGCAGUCGAUAGUUCAAAAUCUGUGAAAAGAGAAGGAACGAUGUUUUUAUCAAAAUAAUAGCUUUUACGUUUGAUCACCCACAACAACAACAACAACAACAUCAACACACUUCAAUCAUGAAUGAUGACGCUUGUUUUUCCCCUCUUUAAUUUCGACACCCAGGCUAGUAGUGUAGGAUUAUGAGCUCUUGUUCUAACAAAUAUUAAAAUCUUUCGCUCUACUAUGCUCCUAGAAGAGAGAACGAACGAGGGUUAGCCUAGAAACACAUUAUCAUCUGCCGGAAGUGAGAACGAAAAAAAAAAACACUGACAGAGAGAGAAAAAAAAAUUAAGGCAAAUCGAUUAUUUAUAUUUAAAUAUAAAAAAAAAUGAAAAAAGGUUACACAAUUAAGACUAUAGUUAUAAACAAAAUGCUGCAACAUGCAAGGCAAAAGAAGAACAAAAAAAAACACAUUAAGCUCGGCUAGUAAAUCCAAGGACACAGAAAAAAAUGAAUCACUUUUAAAUUCUCGCUGGGUAAAUCGCUGACUGUGGAAGAAAGCCUGAUGAUAUAUUAAAGAAGAAAAGAAAAUGGUCAAAACUCAUCCUUGAAUGUCGCCGGAAGUAUAAAUCUGUUUUGUUUCAUUUUUCCACCACAUAUUUAAGAGAAGUUUUUGUUUCAAAACUCAGUAAUAAAAAAAAUCACUUCUUUCCUCUGCCUCUUCGAAAGAAAAAGAAGUAAGCUAACAAAAAGGUCGGUCUUGGAAAGAUUGACAAAAGCAUGAACGUUUCUAACGACGCGCCAACAUGAAAAUAAAAUGCAGAAAGUGUGGGAAAAGGGGAAUCAGUAUAAUAAUAACACAAUAAAAAAAGAAUUGCUAAACUAAGUUCUUCUAGAAGACCGGAAGAAUGGAGUCCCGGAAAAGCUGUUGACGAGAGAGCGAGUAAGAGAUGGAGGAUGGAAGGAGCUAAUUGUAAUAAAAACAAGUAAAAAUUAUAAAAAAUGAAAAACAAUAAAAAAUGUUCAAAAAAUCUA